UGGCCGUCGCCCAGGUUGUGUCGAAAGCAUCCUGGCGUUAGCAGCCCCAAGCUAGCGUCCGACAAUAAACACAAAGUACGGUGUCAAUAUUUUCGUCAUGGGCGAAUCAUGAAAUCAUUAACCGGAGGACCGAGAAGAUAACGGGAUUUAACCAAACACCGGUGUGACGGCUGGUGUCGGAACAGGCCAGUUUUCACAGCCAACGAAACAUUAGCUUUAGCCGACGUUCAAACUUUGACGGGUAGUUGCGGCGACGCGCUUAGCUAGCUGCGAGCGGUGGACGUCCUGCUGCCGUGCGAGCUAGCGAGGCGACACGUCCUGCCGUCGCAGCGGCUCCGUUGUCUGACGAGCUCUGCAGCCGGCUCGCGUCGUGUCAGCCACACGAAGCAGCGUUGAUGUUUCUGUUCUGUUGACCAAGCGGCGUCAGCCAACUUGUGAAUAUUGACCAGCGCUACCGCCGAGCGGCUAAUGCUAACGCUAGCCACUUCCACAGUUGAACUUCAGCUGUUAAGUAACGCGCACGGUUAAUCGAGAGCAGCGUCGACGGUCCUUCUGUCGGCGGACAGUCCAUCACAACACUCAGCUGGCGCGUCGCUGGAGUCCGAACAGCUGCACGUUUAUUGUUUGGUGAUUUCAUUUUUUUUGUAUUUCGGCCAAUCACAUGAAAUAAAUGAUGCGAAACAGCAGCAUGUCGAAGGCGUGGGGGUUCACGUCAGGGCAGCGGCAUUGUCUAGAAAACACAGCUGCUCGGUCCUUUCGGUAAUCCCCCUAUACUGUCCAAUGCAGCUGCAGUAGGUUUGCUUCUUUAACAUUUGUUUGCGAAAUUGCCGCGCGUGUCAUAAUUUUUGAGAAUAGCAAAAACACUCGGCCGCCCAGCCGAUCGCAACCAGCCCGUCGGCUUCGGCCGCCUCGUCCUGUGUGUGCGUGAUGUCUGGGGACGCAUCCAGCAGCAGCGAUGACUCCGACGCCAAAAGCAACGAGAAGGCCUGCACCGUCAAGCACCUCAUCACCAACGCUAACCUCACAGGUCACUCUGAGAGGGUCGGCAUGGAGAACUUUGAGCUGCUUAAAGUCUUGGGCACUGGAGCUUAUGGAAAAGUGUUUUUGGUGAGGAAGAACAGCGGCCAUGAUGCGGGCCAGCUAUACGCUAUGAAGGUGUUAAAGAAAGCAGCUAUUGUUCAAAAGGCAAAGACAACAGAACAUACCCGCACUGAGAGGCAGGUGCUGGAGCACAUCCGCCAGUCUCCCUUCCUGGUCACGCUCCACUAUGCCUUCCAGACACAGAGCAAACUUCAUCUCAUCCUGGACUAUGUGAGCGGCGGGGAGAUGUUCACUCAUUUGUACCAGCGGGAUCAUUUUCCUGAGGAGGCAGUGCGGAUUUAUAUUGGGGAAAUAAUCCUGGCUCUGGAGCACCUGCACAAGCUUGGGAUUGUGUACCGAGACAUCAAAUUGGAAAACAUUCUUCUCGACAAUGAAGGCCAUGUGGUAUUGACGGACUUUGGUCUCAGCAAAGAGUUUCUGGAAGAAGAGAAGGAAAGGACCUACUCGUUUUGUGGCACCAUUGAGUACAUGGCGCCGGAAAUAAUCAGGGGGAAGUCGGGACAUGGCAAGUCGGUAGAUUGGUGGAGCCUCGGCAUCCUGAUGUUUGAGCUGCUGACGGGAGCGUCUCCUUUCACCUUGGAGGGAGAGAGGAACUCCCAGAGUGAGGUGUCAAAACGUAUUCUGCGCUGUGAUCCACCGUUCCCCUCUAUGAUCAGAGCGACUGCUCAGGAUCUGCUGAAGAAGUUGCUGGUGAAAGAUCCCCACAAGAGGCUGGGCUCUGGGCCGCGGGGGGCUGAAGACAUCAAGGCGCAUCCCUUCUUCAAGAAACUGAACUGGGCUGAUUUAGCACAGAAGAAGUUGCCAAGUCCGUUCAAACCGGAGCUGAAGAGUGAACUGGACGUGGGAAACUUUGCUGAGGAGUUCACCGGCAUGGAUCCUGUCUACUCUCCGGCGAGCACGCCUCCAAGCACUGGUCGCCUGUUCAAGGGCUACUCCUUCAUCGCUCCCUCCAUCCUCUUCAAUAAGAACGCAGUCAUGGGAGACUUUGUAGAAACCCAGAUUGGCGCUGAUCGACCCGGUUCGGCCUCUGUCCAACGAAGUGCAAUGUUGGAGGAAUCACAGUUUUUUCAGCACUACGAGUUGUGUCUCCUCGGGCCGCCCCUCGGCGAGGGCAGUUUCUCCGUGUGCAGGAAAUGCAGACAUAAGCAAAGUGGCCAUGAGUAUGCGGUCAAGAUUGUGAGCCGCAGAACGGAGGCGAACACUCAGAGGGAGAUUGCUGCUUUGAGGCAAUGUGAGGCUCACCCCAACAUCGUCAAGCUACACGACGUUUUUACUGAUCAGUACCACACAUAUUUAGUGAUGGAGCUCCUGCGAGGCGGGGAGCUGCUGGAGAGGAUCAAGAGGAAGAAACUUUUUGGCGAGGCCGAGGCCAGUCAGCUGCUGCAGAGCCUGUUCUCUGCUGUCAGCUUCAUGCACGAGGCCGGAGUCGUGCACAGAGACCUCAAACCAGAGAAUGUGCUGUUUGCAGACGAGGGGGAGGACUCGGUGCUCAAAGUAAUAGAUUUUGGAUUUGCCCGCCUGUGCCCCGCAGGCAGCGCCCCCCUACAGACUCCCUGCUUCACGCUGCAGUACGCUGCACCCGAACUUUUUGAGAGUGCCGGAUACGACAAGUCCUGUGACCUCUGGAGUCUCGGAGUCAUCCUGUACACCAUGCUCUCAGGCCAGGUGCCGUUUCAGAGCGAGCAACGUGGAAUGACCUCAUCGUACGCUGCUGACAUCAUGCAGAAGAUAAAGGAGGGUGAUUUCUCAUUGGACGGGGAGGCCUGGAAGGGCGUGUCGGAGGAUGCCAAAGAGCUUGUCAAAGGUCUGCUAACAGUGGAUCCAGAGAAUCGUCUCAAGCUCUCUGAUCUGAAAGAAAACAGCUGGCUGCAGGGUGGAGCUUCCAUGUCCACCACUCCGUUGUGCACUCCAGAUGUGCUGGAGUCCAGUGGGCCCACUGUUCGCACCUAUGUUAAUGCUACCUACAAGGCGUUCAACCGCGGUAAGAGAGAGGGCUUCUUUCUGAAAAGCGUCGACAAUGCUCCCCUUGCGAAGCGACGGAAGCUGAAGAUGACGAGUACAGGUGUAGAGACCCGGUGGAGCUCAUCCUCCUCCUCCUCCUCUUCUUCCACUUCGUCCUCUGCCUCUGCGACGGCAUCCAAAGCACCGCCAAAACAAACUGUGACCCCAAAGGAGAGCUAGCUUCAACGGCGGGGGGAGAGAAGAGCUGGGGAAAUGAAGCGGUAUGUGUUUACAGUGAUAAGAGUGAAGUCCUCCAGGGUCGCUUGCUUUCAGAAAAAACAUGCCGACAAACCGAAACGACUGGUUUUAGGUUUGUGUUCAGUUUUCAAAACAGAAUUGAAUUCCAUAUUUUAACGUUUUGUCAUAUUUCCCCCAGCACCAAGCAUGUAUUUUCCACUAGGGGACAACGGAGGAGGAGAUGGGAGAGGUCUAGUUUUUAUAUCUUUGAGAUGUACAGAAAUCUGUGGCCUUGAGACAAAUUUACACUUAGUCAGAACUCACUCGCCAUGAUUUGGUGACAUCGCACACUAAAAGUUAUAAUAAUGAGACAUUUACCUAUUUUCACUGUGGGUAAGAAAGAGUGCCUGGCUUUAUAGGGAUAAAGGGAAAAAGGAGCCAUAAAUGAGCAGAAGCCAUAUAUAUAUAUAAAUAUAUAUAUAAAGCAGUGAAUAUAUGAAUUGAGCCGUUGUGAAUACAAAUGGAUUUGCAAAAGCAAAUAAACAGUCCUUCCAGGAAUUUGCAAACUCAAUUAUUUGAUUGUAUCCUAUAAAUAAAAAUAAAAAACUGACAAAAAAACGUGGCCACAAGUGCUGUGCCCCACGUGGGCACUGUCCUGUGGUAACAUAACUGUUUUGUGAACUGUUUGUUUUUAAAAAUUUUAGGUCGGGCUUCAGUUCAGCUAUUUGCACUUUUUGCAGAGAAUGUAAUUGAUCGAAUGGUAAAAAAAUAAAUUAAAAAAGCACGUUUCUGGAAGGGCUGAGCACAAAGGAAAACUCUUGUGGGCGGUAUACACUUUUAUUAGAUUUGGUUGGAUGAAUUAUACCGUAUUCAGAAUCUUCUCUUAUUUGAUACAGGUUUUAACUGUGCGAUGGUCUGUAGUCCAAACCUCCGAUACACUACCAACUCCACAGAUCCCACUGAACACAAUGGAGCGCAUGUUUCGAUCGAUGGCUCUGAGUAAGUGUUUCGAUAAACAAUCAAGAGUUCGACUUGAAGUGGUCACAGUGUCCAACCAAGUGUCCGACAGUAGCAGCUGUAUAAAUAAAUACAACGACACAGACACAGAAGCGGUCAUGAUGUAUACAGUGUGAUCUUUUUUCUCACACUGCUGUAAAUUUGCUUGCAUUACUGUGCCGGUCUGAAAAGCGUCGAGCAUGCUAAUCCGUUGUAACGAUGAACUAUAACGAUUUUUCUAUAUUUUUGGUAUCUCGGGCUCACUAAGGAGACGUAACGGAGAACGUUUCAUCAUGCCAUAAAGUGCAGCUCAAGCGUCUGCACACGGACUUGGGAGUCAAAUCCAUUUUGGUGAUUUUUUUGAGUGUUACUCUGCCUUGGGCUCUUGAAUUUGUAAAAGGGUAUUUCAGUUUUUCCCGUCGGGCCCGUCACACGCGGCAACCACCCGUCUUAUUUAACACAGUGAAUUUCUGUAGCCCGUCUAUUAAGCUCAGCUUGUUGCUGCCCGGACAGCAAAGGUCAACCAUUUGUCUUUUUACAUAAGUGGUUUUUAAAACAACAUAUAGCUUUGAAAUUCAAAUUAUGUCACAGACUGAGGCAUUUAAAUAAAUAAUUUUUUUUAAAAAUGGCUCUUUUAAGAUCAUCCUGCUAGGUCUGUUGUGUAAAUACCCAUCAAUGAUUUAAAGCAACAACAAAAUAGAAGACGUAUGUAAUGAUAUAAAAAUUUGACAACUGUUAAGUAUAUUAGUCUCCUGAUGUAAUUGUUUUUAUUGGGUUUUCUUUUUUUACAUGUUGCACAGUCAGAUGAUCAAUUAAACACAUUUCAGCUUUAAAGGUGCUUUUACUGAUAUUUAUUACAUGUAGUUGAUUUUAAUGCCGUGGUAAUGGGAUCAUGAUCAUUUGGCUCCUGUUUUGUACCAGCACCGUGUGCAUGCGUGCAUGUGUGUGUGUGUGUGCGUGCGUGUGUGAUUGGUUGUUCCAGAUGAAGCAUUUUUGCAAGUUACUGUAUUAUUUUCUCGUCGUUUUUCUGCCUUUGUCUCUUUAAAAGGUAACUGGUUGUUUGUGUUUGAACAUUUAAUUUUUACUUAUGGAACUGUGCUUUUUGUUGAUGUUGAUAUUCCUUUGAUGUAGUAAAAUUAUUGUUUUUUUCUCUUUUGUCGAGGAUGAGAUGCACUGUCACUGAUGUUGUAACUGGGAACUUGUCUUUUCGAGAGGAUUUUGUUUUGGUUGGUGCAAAAAUAAACAUUACUUUUAAAUAGA